ACCUGUACGAGUCUCCAUCUCUGUCAAGCAGAGGGGCUUGAUCACGUGCACCAGCACAUCGAGGACGACCCACGACAUGGCUACCUCGCUCAGAGUCGCUCUACAGGAGGGCCUCAAGGAGAUAAGAGUGGGCGAAGUCACCACUGCACCAGCGUGCAAAAUGAAGGGUGCAAAGGUCAUAGAAACACAUGACGUAAUAGCUGAUAGUAGACCACGCCUACUCCUCGAGAAGCAAAGAGGUGUUUGUGUGUGAUCAGAGAGGUCAGUAGAGAGGUAGCCAGAAGCUAGAAGAUGGAGGAGACGAGGCAGCAGUUGUGUCGGGAGCUGGCGGCUGCGGUCAAAAAGUUGCAAGGUGAGCACGUCCUGAAGAAGACGAGUCCGCAGAGUAAAAGCCAAGAUGCCGACACACUCUGCAAAGUUCUCGAAAUUGUCUUUCUUCUAGACCUCAAAAAUGAAAAGGGUCAGUUGUGGAGCGGGACAAGGAGACCCAAUAUGAUCAACCCUCCACAACCUGCACGUGAGUAAACGAAAUGACAAACCAACCAUCCCCAAUACUCAGGCUAUAUUUGGAGGGUGGAAUAGCAACCUAGAUCCAAUGCCUUGCUUCUUCACCCUCUCCCCUCUCCCACUAUACACCAUUCUCUCCAGUCAUUCUGGGUGUUCAUAGAGCCAAUGGUGUCAGACGAGAUCAAGACACAGCUAAUGGCUCUCAGGGACUCCGAAUCUGACGUCAUGAAAUGUAGAUCUUGGCUGAGGAUAAUGCUCAAUAAAUCUCUCCUCCUGUCAUUUCUGGAGGACCUUCAGCGACAUCCUGGACUCCUCUCGUUCCAUUACGGCGGGGAAUCUGUGCUCAGAGAUGCCGAGAGACUAGAAAUUGUCAUUCAACUUUUGAGAGGACUGUCCACUAUUCAACUGGGCUAUGACUACACAAUCUCAUCUCUUACAACUUGGGACAGCUCUGUGCUACAGAAGGCAGGGAUUUGGCAGGACUCAUCUUCCCCAAACACCAGGAGAGACGGAGAGAGAGUGAGUCCACCUCCGACCUCGUUUGGAGUGGGUGUGGUCAACAUGGCUCUCGGCCGCUACUCGCGAUCCUCAUCUCUCUCUCAGUCUUCAGAGACCCAGAUCAUCUCCAGAGAGGCAGCAUCACAACAGGAGGAAGGAGGGGCACCACAAGGUCGUAGCUCUGCUGGUGGUGGGCGUGGCAACAGAGGACAGGGAUCUGAGGACUUUUCCUAUGCCAAAUCUCUAGACUUUGAGGUGGUAUCAGAGAAGACAGGUGGCCCCGUCCACAGAACCCUCACCUCUCUCCUCACCAAACUGGUCCCCGAGAGAGGGCUCGACUCCCAGAACUACUGCUGUGCCGCAUGUCGGAGGCCCAUCGGAGUCAGUGAGUCCUCUUAUCUACAUCAUCUACACAAAUCCUUAUCUACAACAUCUACAAAUACUUAUCUACGACAUCUACAAAACAGUUAGACGGAAUGUCCGUGAAAUCUAAACGCCCGAGAGGAGGGCCCACGGCAUGCGUGUCCAACUUUGCGAGGAUGAUCGAUGCUACAGCGUAUAUACAUGUAAAGUGUCAGAAUUUCGACUAGAGAUUAUUGAUUUUAUUUUUGGAAAUAUUGUAGCUACACAUACCAGUAAAAAAUGCUGGGUUCAAAGAGUUGAAAACAAAGUGAGUGUAUGAGAAAUGAG